AUCAGUUGACGGCUAAACUGAAGCCAAUCGCGUGCUACUUCAACCGCCUUGCACUUCAAAUUUUAUAAUAUAUAUACAGGAAUGUUGAAGCAGUGCGGGAUGCUGGUCGUGGUGGCGCUGCAGUUGAGUUUGGUGGUCGCCAGGCCACAAGGCCAGGACAACAACCAGCAGUAUGGCUCCUGGGGGUCCUUUUCAGGCCUCGGAGGCAGUCUAAACCUAGGCGGUUCAGGAACCUUAGGUAGCAACGUGGGUGUAGGAGUCUACUCGGGACACGGAGGACCCGGUGGAAGUGGUGGUGGUCAGCACGGAGUGAACCUCUUUGGAAGCGAAUCAGCUUCCUUCAACGGACAAGGUGCCUUGAACCUGGGCGUCUACCGUGGAGGUUACCGCAACGCUCUGGGCACCUUCGGCGUCCCUGGCUUCGGAGGACCUCAAGGCUACGGUGGACAAUUCGGUUUCCCGGCCUUGCAUGGCGGUUUUGCUGGGUAGAGAUGAUGUCAUGUCCAAUUGUUCAAAGAAGUAAUGCCAUAUUAGUACGCUUGGCAUAAAGAUUCAAGAGAUAUUAUAAAAAUAAAAUUAUUUAGAAAUGAAAAGUAUCAACAGUGACUAGAAAAUUAAAAAUCAUCGGUAAUUCGGUUUUGACAAUUGGCUCGAAUUCCUUUUGCAUGAAAUGCCAAAAAUGAUACAGUUUUUUGAGUAAUUUCUUAUGUAAACAUAGAUGAUGAAUAAAUUUAUGUAUGGUUCAUUCAAACCCAUAGGCCUGCAACAUCAAGUUUACUAUUCAUUUCGUAUAGCUCAAAAAAUUGAAUUUCAAAAUCAAUUUUCUUUCAGUUUGACCGAUUUGAAGAUGGCAAAGUUAUAAUGUACGAGCCGAGCAAUGAAAAUGAACGGAAAAAUUUACUUCAUAAAUAAAUAGAAACACCGAAUUUAAUAAUAUAAUGAGGAAUAAUUUCUUGAAUUUUUGACCUUUGCGAAUAAAUUGACCGCCAGAGCAUCUACGGACAGACAUUUGAAUUAAAAUGUUAUAAUCAAAUAUAAGGUAAAAAAAAAUUUGGCUGAAAAGAACUUUAAUCUAAAGUAGGUUUAAAACUUCGAUAGGACAUGAAUUUAGUCGAAUAUUUUAUAAUAGUUUAAUGUUUUGAGAAAUUUAGACUAAUAUUGUUUCAUAAUAGGUCAUAUGUUAACAUCAUUAUAGUGGCUUAAUUUAGGCAAUUUUUGCAUUUCAUAUAGAAAUUCCGAGAAGUUAUCGGUUCAUU